AAUGUCCCCGUGACGUCAACGGGCCCCCAAAAAAAGCCUCAAUGCCAAGUUUAGGCAGUUGUUUAGAGGCCUCACAAUGAAAAGCCUGAUAGCAUGAGUUAAAUCUAUUUGGACAAAAGAAACUUGAUGCCCGUUUGUCUCCUACUGUUUCCAACCAAGAGGUUGCCGUAAGACCAUAAAGCCUUACAGAUGCAGUGUUAGGAGAAGGAUUAGCAGGACAAAGGCCAGAUUAGACGUGUGGAUAACAUAACAAAUAUGAGUAAGCAGGAGUCAAUAACCUCUUGUUUGGCCAAAAUGUACGAGAGUAAGUUUGACCAAAGUACGGGGCCCGGAAAAUCCCCAGUGAAGCCUCCAGGAUUGGCCAACAACAUGGACAACAAGCUGAACCUGCUCAACGAGAAAAUGGACAAGCUGUUACACUUUCAGGAAGAUGUCAUGGGCAAGCUGGAAACGGUUUCUCACGGGAUGGACCUGCUGGGUAAAGGGAUGGAUAAACUGUCGGCCUCUCAUGGACCCAACCCACAAAGUCCCAAGGAGAACAUUGAGCCGGCUGUAGAGGAAAGAAGCUUCUCUGAAUUAAUACGACUUCUUAAAAUGUUACAUGGAGAAUCUAUUAUUCACCAAGAGAAACUAGAUGGCCUUCAAAAGAUGAUGUCAACGAUGGAUAAGGUGGUGGCAUUCGUGGGGAACACUCUCAAAAACUCUAAAAUUGUGGAUUUCAUUCUAAAGGGUACAGUUCCUUGGAGGAAGGAGGAGGAGGCCAAAGAUGACGCUGAAGAGAAAGAAAGCAAACCAAAGCAUGUCCUCGCCAGCAGAGGAUCACAGAUUGACGUUCAGAGAGCGACAGCAACUCCACAGAAGAGCAGCAGCUCGGAAGGCAGAAGACUCAGCCAUAAAAUGGCUCAGUGUACCAGUCAUCAUGCUAAAGCCGACUCUACUGAUGUCCAGACUCUAGAUAUACCUCAACAACCUGACAGCUCUCAUAAUGCCAAACCGUGGACACAGAAAGUGGCAGGAGAACUACCAGGAGAUAAAAAUGCCCAGACAGAUUCAGAUGCUCGGCAUAAACAACCUUCCCUCACCCCAGCAGCGGACCAGAGUUCCAAAACCGAAGAACCUAAGCAGAUUGUUGAGGAACCUGGAGGAGAUCCUGAUCCCCUUCCUCAAAAGAUGAUCUCUGCAACAUGUCCACAGUCUCCAGAAGACCAUCUCCAGAGGAAAAGCACUUGUGUCCAGACAGAGGAGAUAAGCAAUUCAGGAACCAGAUCUGUACCAGAAAAAGAACAAAAGUCUGACAAGAAUACACCAGCUUCAGCGCGACAUAAAACACAAGCUACAAGUAAGGAUACGAAAACAUCCUCUGCAACCCAAACUGAGGACAUACAACCAGAAGAACCCGUGCCGACUCAGAAAAUAGGCCACAUGGACCUAAAACAAGCACAAAAUUCUGACAAGGGAGUGAAGGGUGGAGUAAAACCCAACCAAACAGAACUGGUUAGAAAAGACUGUGGCCCCGCCCCAACUCCCGCUUCCUCUUCUGUCAACAAACCACCAGUGGACACAAGGACCGCCCUGGAGGACUCGUCUCUGCAUGUUAUUGAUGAUUGCCCGCCACCUCCUGCACCUUUCAACCACAGGAUAGUCAGCAUUAAGCAAGCCAUAUUGUCAUCCUGUUACACAGUCUGCCAGCAUGAAGUCCUCGGGGGCGGACGUUUUGGUCAAGUCCACAAGUGUGUAGAGAUAUCCACCGGGCUACGACUGGCUGCCAAAAUCAUUAAAAUUAAAGCUCCGAAGGACAGGGAUGAGGUGAAGAACGAAAUUAAUAUCAUGAACCAGUUAAACCAUGUGAACCUGAUACAGUUAUACGACGCCUUCGAGUGCAAAAACGACUUGACCUUGAUCAUGGAAUACUUGGACGGCGGCGAAUUAUUUGACCGGAUCACAGAUGAGAAUUACCAUCUCACAGAACUGGACGCCAUAAUGUUCACCAAACAGAUCUGCGAAGGGAUUUACUACGUGCACCAGCAGUAUAUACUACACUUAGACCUGAAGCCUGAAAAUAUUUUGUGCAUCAAUCGAACUGGAAACCAAAUCAAAAUUAUUGAUUUUGGACUAGCAAGAAGGUACAAGCCAAGAGAGAAGCUGAAGGUGAAUUUUGGAACGCCAGAGUUUUUGGCUCCAGAAGUGGUGAAUUAUGACUUUGUGUCGUUCCCAACCGAUAUGUGGAGCGUGGGGGUCAUUACCUACAUGCUACUCAGCGGUCUAUCGCCAUUUCUGGGAGAAAGUGACGCAGAAACCAUGAACUACAUUGUCAAUUGCAACUGGGACUUUGACUCGGAGGCAUUCGAUCAGGUGUCCGAAGAGGCCAAAGACUUCAUCUCAGGGCUUUUGCUCAAAGAAAAGAGCUGUAGACUGAGCGCCGGGCAAUGCUUAAAGCAUGAGUGGCUGACGAAUUUGCCCCUAAAGGCCAAGAAAUACAAAGUUCGCUUGAAGUCUCAGAUCAUGCUUCAGAAAUACAUGGCCCAAAGGAAAUGGAAAAAACAUUUCUACGUGGUCGCGGCUGCCAAUCGUCUCAGGAAGUUCCAGCUGCUUUCCCUCAAACCCUCCUAGAACAAGACUACGACACUUGUGCGUGGAUUGUACAUAACACCCGCCUGGCCGCCCUAACACUAAGGACUGCACUAUGUACACGGGGGGGUCAUGUGGUGACCGAUAUCCACUGUCUGGGGGGCACAGUGUGAAUGUGGUGGUUGUGGAAAUAGUAUACCCAAUGUAGAUAGAGAUCUUCACCCUUGGCCUUUUGGAUCCUCAGAUUUGUACCGCCAUCCCUUCAUACCUUGUAUUAAAUAUCUCAGCACCCCCCCACCUCAGGCCAAACGCGGUACUGCACACCACUUUGGCCUGAAUCCUGCACGUUUUGCGAGACAACAC